AUGCACGGUCUUGGCGAUGGGCCAUAUUGGAUGAUAUCCUAUGGCUAUUUUUUUUCCCUGUCAGUGCUCUAUGUGCUAUGCUUUGUGAUAUUUGGCUCCCUCAUAGGGUUGAAAUUCUUUACAACGAAUGACUACAGUAUCCAAUUCGUUUUUUUCAUCUUGAUAAACUUGCAAAUUUCGUUGGUAUUUCUUGUGGCCACCAUGUUUUCGAAUGUUAAGACAGCUACAGUAAUUGCAUACAUUGGUGUCUUUGCAUCUGGGCUUUUAGGUGGCUUUCUUUUCAACUUUUUUGUUGAAGAUACAUCAUUUCCAAGAGGGUGGAUAGUUGUUUUAGAGUUGUACCCUGGGUUUGCGUUAUAUCGUGGACUCUAUGAGUUAGCAUCAUAUGCCUUCGAAGCACAUGCUACAGGAAACAAUGCGAUGCGAUGGGGAGAUCUGAAUGAUAGUGUAAAUGGCAUGAGAGAGGUCUUAAUUAUCAUGGUUAUUGAGUGGUUUAUGGUGCUUCUUGUUGCUUAUUACAUUGAUCAAGUAUCAGGAAGUCGCAAAAGUCCUCUUUUUUUCUUGAAAAGAUUUCAGAAAAAGCCUAUGUCAUCAUUCCGGAAGCCUAGCAUUCAUAGGCAGGGAUCAAAAGUUUUUGUUCAGAUGGAGAAACCUGAUGUCAGUCAAGAGAGGGAAAAAGUCGAGCAGCUGCUACUUGAACCAUCUGUGAAUCAGGCAAUUGUAUGUGACAACUUAAAAAAAGUUUAUCCAGCUAGGGAUGGAAACCCAGAGAAAUAUGCAGUGAGUUUAUCUCUUGCUUUGCCUCAAGGGGAAUGCUUUGGUAUGCUGGGCCCCAACGGUGCUGGGAAGACCUCAUUUAUCAAUAUGAUGAUUGGUCUCACGAAGCCAACCUCUGGUGCCGCAUUUGUUCAAGGUCUGGACAUUAGAACUCAGAUGGAUGAAAUAUAUACUAGCAUGGGCGUAUGUCCACAGCAUGACUUGCUUUGGGAAACUCUAACUGGAAGAGAGCACCUGCUCUUCUAUGGCAGACUUAAAAAUCUUAAAGGUUCGGCCUUAACACAAGCAGUGGAAGAAUCCCUGAAAAGUGUAAACCUUUUUCAUGGAGGAGUUGCCGAUAAAAAGGCUGGAAAGUACAGUGGAGGAAUGAAGAGGAGGCUUAGUGUUGCAAUUUCAUUGAUUGGAGAUCCCAAAGUUGUUUAUAUGGAUGAACCAAGUACUGGAUUAGACCCUGCGUCGAGAACAAUUUUAUGGAAUGUUGUCAAGCGUGCAAAGCAGAAUCGGGCAAUCAUACUAACCACACAUUCCAUGGAAGAAGCAGAGGUCUUAUGUGACCGAAUAGGAAUUUUCGUAGAUGGAAGCUGGCAGUGCAUGGGAAAUCCAAAGGAGCUUAAAGCAAGAUAUGGAGGAAGCUAUGUGUUCACAAUGACAACAUCUAUAGAACAUGAGAAUGAAGUGGAGGACUUGGUGCACAAGCUGUCUCCAAAUGCUAGCAAGACAUACCAUAUCUCUGGAACUCAGAAAUUUGAGCUGCCGAAAGAAGAGGUCAGAAUAGCAGAUGUCUUCCGAGCUAUUGGCUUUGCAAAGAGAAACUUCACUGUGUUUGCAUGGGGUUUAACAGACACCACAAUGGAAGAUGUCUUCAUUAAGGUUUCACGCGAGGCCCACGCAUUCAACUCUUUUGUCAUAAUCGCUACGCAAAGUGUACUGAUAGAAAAUUCUGAGAUAGACACAUAG